AUGGAAUCAUACAAGGAGCUCACUUGUGAGUUAUUGGCAUCGAUGAGGUACCACGAGUAUGAUGAGCUCGAUCGAGUUGACUUGGACCAAGGCUGGGGAUGGAUAACAUUCUUGGCAAAGGGAGAAAGGAAGAUUAUCACCUUUAGGCAGCUAGAGAUCUUUUUUGGCUUCACAUAUGGGGAAGGAACCCAUUGGGAUAUCAACGAGAAUGAGCUCCAACGUGUGUGGGCUACAAUCGCUGAAGGAGAGUUCUCUUCUUUAAGAUCUAAGGCUGCUCAGAUAAAGAGUCUUGUGCUGAGAUAUGUGCACAAAGCCCUUGCCAACACCUUCUUUGCAAGGAAGGCAACAGGGACGAUUAAUGAAGGAGAAGUUAAGCUACUUGACAUGGGGAUUAAGCCCAUCAUCUCACGCACCAGGGAUAGAAAGAAGCUCAGAGGAAGGAGGCUGAGCGUUGGAGGGAUAAUCACCCCUAUCCUCUACGCAGCUGGUGUCCAGCUAAACAAGAAGAAGGCAACUCCAGCUGGGUGGAUGGACCCCCUGUUUGAUUCUUAA